AGCUGUGGAGAAGAAGCCGGAUCAGUGAAGCAGACAAGAUGCUGUUCUUUGUGAAUGUUUCCCUGCUCUGGUCUCUAUGUGCGGCACAGUUAAGUGAAAUCUCUCAGCCUGUUCGCUUCCAAACAGUGAAGCUCGGAGACUCGGCUACCAUUGAAUGUCACAUAAGAAGUGAGCUGAAAAAAAGAGUGUGGUACAAAUUCACCACAGGGAAAGGACUACAGCUUGUGGCAGCAUUCAAUUUUUUCUUUAAUCGGAGUAUAUUUGCUGAUGACUCUCAUCACCAUUAUUCAGUCAAAUUUGACAAAAUCAACAGUCAUCUGAGCAUAUCUGAAACAACAUGGGAAGACACUGGAACAUACUUCUGUGGAGUCAUGCACUUGAACAAAAUUCAGUUUGGAUCAGGGACCUUUCUGAUGCUGAAAGGUGUGAACAUAAUCAGUGACUCUUCAAUCCAGCAGCCGGAGUCUAAAUCAGUCCAGCCAGGAAACUCAGUGACUCUCAGCUGUUCUGUUCAUACAGGCCACUGUGCAGCAGAACACACUACUGUCAUGUGGCUGAAAAACUCUAAUCAUUCUGCUCCACAAAUGAUUUACUCCUCUGGGAAUAAAAUCUGCCAGAAGACAGGGAGUGGAGACUCUACCUGUGUGUACAACCUUCACAUGGGGAACCUCAGCUCUGAUGAUGCUGGAACCUACUACUGUGUUGUGACUUCAUGUGGACGGACGCUGUUUGGGAAAGGGACAAGGAUUUAUAUUUACAACACUGCUGUCACCAGACCAGCUGAACUGAGUCCAACCAUUAUUGCACUUAUGUUGUCGAACAUCAUUCUUGGGAUUUUAACACUCAUUCUUAUAUGGACAUUUUGCAAGAGACAGAAGAGAGAUUCCACAGAGGAAAUCGAUGGAUCAUCUGAAGGCAAUCAGAGUGAUGCAGUUACCUAUGCAGCUGUGCGUUCUGCCCCAAGAAGCCUCCACCCAAAACGAGCUACAGAGAAAUACAGUGGAGACUCUGUGGUUUAUUCUAACAUUAAAUAUUGUCACCAGAACCGAGAAGUUUCAUCUGGGCAGGGCAGACACACCAGGGAGAUUGAAGGCUGA